AUAUAUCAUAUAUAUUAUAGUUAUAUUACAGACAAUGAAUGAUACUAAAGUUAGCGCCCGAAAUAAAGUAUUACAGAUGUGGAGCUCCGGCUAUAUUGAACACGACGUGACCACCAAUCAGACCAUACAACAAGUGAUGACCACCAACACUGAUCUCUGUGAUGACCAAUCAUUGAAUGCAUACAUUUUGUCGGAAACUACUGAUAUGAUUGUGACAGACAAAGAGGUUACAAAUGAAACACAACUGUCUGACCAAAAGACCACAGACAUCAACAUUACUAAUGAUAAUCCAAGUAAUGAUAAUCAAAUAACUACAGAAGUAACAACUAAUGUCAUUGAAAGCAAUCAGCAAAUAAAGACAAUAAGUGAGAAACAUGAGACCAAAGAGCGAAAAAUUAAGAGACAUAAACCCAAUAAAGUGGUAAUCGUUAAGAAGUUAGGCCAACAAAAGUCUUUUCUUGAUUUUAUUGAUCAGAAGUUUAAUCCAUUCAAAGAAGGCGUUGCUUUAAUACAGGACAGACCGUGUAAUCAAUUUGUUCACGACUUUCCCGAUCAACAGAUUACGUGUUGUAUGGAUUGUAUCGACAAAAAACGUGUGACACAGACGUGUCGUUUCUAUCAAUACAGAACUUUAAUCAAAGAGAACGGACAGAUGAAAGUAUAUGGUUUUGCUGAAGAGUCAAAUGCAUCAAUUGGUGACUGCAGAGUAUGGCUUCCAGAAGAAAAUGUCAAGAAAAUAAUUAUCGAUAAAAAUCACGCCAAAUAUCUAUUGGGUUUUGUGAGUCAACAGUUUUGUCGGAUUUAUAACGACGAAAAAGAUCUGAGACGAGACUUUGAAGCGAUUACUUGGAAGAAACCCGUGAAAGGUAUUAGAGAGUUGUGUGAUAUCUGUGAGACAACUAUUUUCAACACACACUAUGUCUGUCCCAACUGUGGUCUCGCUGUUUGUGUUGAUUGCUAUGUUUACCGAAGUCAGCAGUCGAUGACAAAUGAGAAGAAGUCACGACUAAAUCACGACGAGUUUGGAUGGCUUUUAUGUCAUAAGGAUAAACAUAAGGAAAAGCAUGACAUCAAAGAUCUUCAUUUGGCGCUAUUCAUCACUAAAGCUGUAUUUGAUUUCAUCGAUAACUUAUCGCAUGAGAUACGUAACGAACAUAAGAUAAAAGGCAUUUGUGAGUGUAGACAACUCGAUGACAAUCUUAAUAUGGAUAUUAAACAUAUCUAUAGUGAUGUCAAUCUCAAGAGUCAAUAUUCAAAUGUACCGCAACAAUGGUUUUUUGACGAGAAAUUAUUAGUUUUAACAGAUCCCAAAUGUAAACAAAAUAUUGAUUUAUUUCAAGUUUUUUGGCUUAAGGGUUAUCCUGUUAUGAUGCAAGGCGUCCAUACAUUACUGAAACAAGAUUUAUGGUCACCCGAAUCAUUUAACAAAAAUUAUGGUAAACAACAGAGUCGUUUAGUUAAUUGCCUAAACGGUCACAUAAUGCCUAAGACAUCGAUUAGUGUUUUUUGGGACGGUUUUGAAGAUGUGACCAAACGAUUGCUCGAUCAAAAUACUGGUCAAGAAAUGAUACUUAAGCUGAAAGACUGGCCGCCGGACGCAGAGUUUCGCGAUAAGCUUCCCAUUUGGUACGAUAAUCUCAUGGAAGCGUUGCCAAUGAAUGAAUACACCCGAUAUGAUGGUCCCCGAAAUUUGGCUUCACGUUUGCCCAAUUUCUUUGUUCGACCCGAUUUAGGACCAAAGAUGUACUGUGCGUAUGGAUCGGUAAUGCAUACCGACAAGGGAUCAACAAACUUACACUUAGACAUGAGUGAUGCCGUCAAUGUUAUGGUUUAUGUUGGAAUCGCUCAUAAAAAUGGCGUACUUCUUGAAAGUCAUAUUAAUGCUCAAAAUGAUGCGUUAGUUAAAGGCGGGUGCGAUCAACAAAUGAUGGAUAGAAUGUUGACAAAUGAUCUCAAAGUGGGUGCCAUUUGGCAUAUAUGGCGUGCAGAAGAUGCCAACAAAAUCAGAGAAUUCAUUAGAAAAGUUGCAAAAGAGAGGAAUAUGAAGAGUAAUGAAAUAACUACGGAUCCAAUUCAUGAUCAAAGUUGGUAUUUGGAUGAAACACUUCGCACAAGACUUGAACAAGAAUAUGGAGUUAGAGGUAUGGCUAUUGCCCAGUGUUUAGGUGAUGGUAUCUUAGUGCCGGCGGGAGCACCACAUCAGGUCCAAAACAUACACUCGUGUAUCAAAGUCGCCGGUGAGUUCGUGUCCCCCGAAAAUGUUGGACAUUGUGUGUCACUAACUCAAGAAUUUCGUAAGCUAUCCAAACGCCACAACAACCACGAAGACAAACUGCAGAUUAAAAAUAUUAUAUAUCACACAAUCAAAGAUUGUCUCUCAGUUUUAGUGUCAUCUUCUUCGAUAUCCAGAACUAUUUCAUUGUUCAAACCAACCGCACAACCGAUACUUAAUAUACAAUUGUCUCCCAAUAAGUUAAAGAAAAUAAAAAUACCUAAAAAGGUAUCCAAAAGUGAAAUAAUUUCGAAAUCGGUGUCUGAACCACCCGUCCUAUUAGAUGCUAACAAUGAUGACAUAAAUGGACAAACAUCUCAACCAAUGGACACAAAUGCAAAUUUGCCGCCACUUUUGAUUCCGUUCAACGAAAUUGAAAAUAAUAGCUCUAUUGCUGAUGAUUUAGGCGAUUCAAACAUAGAUACCAUUUAACAAAUAGUGUUUUUAAAAGUUAUUUUAAUUUGUAAAUAAUGUUGUGUUCAUUUUUUGCUAUA